AUGUCCAACUCGAGCAUUUGCGAGCUUGAACCGGGCGCCAUCGAACCAGGCAUCACAUUCACUCAGCUGUUGAACUUUGUGAAUGAGGAGAGACACGUUCAAGGAUGGAUCAUCGCUGGAGCCUGUGCCGCCCUCGCAACCACCUUGUCCAUCAUCUUGAUCAUCCGUCACCUCAUCAACUACAACAGCAAAGAUGAGCAACGGCACAUUGUUCGCAUCCUCCUCAUGGUCCCGAUCUAUUCAAUCAUCUCAUGGAUAUCAUUCAGAUACUACUACCAUUCGACAUACUAUAAUCUGAUCAGGGACGUCUAUGAAGCAUUCGUGAUAUACAGUUUCUUUGAACUAGUGCUACUCUAUCUCGGGGAUGAUUUCGAUUCCCAGAAAUUGUAUUUGAAGAAUAAGGAGAAGCGAAAGUUUAUUAUUCCACUUUGCUGUAUGAGCUAUCAGCCUUCAUCGUCGACUUUUCUCACUAAUCUCAAGAUUGGAGUCAUGCAAUAUGUGAUCAUCAAGCCAUUGGCAUCUUUAGCGGCGGCAAUUACCGAAUCUGUCAACAAGUACUGUCCAGAAUCCAUGAGUCCAAUGUAUGCACAUUUGUGGCUCACGGUUACAGUGGCCCUCGCCGUCUCCUUAGCGAUGUUUGUCUUGUUGACGCUCUAUUUCACUGUGGAAGAGGACAUCAAGGAGCGAAACCCCCUUGGAAAGUUCUUGUCAAUCAAGUUUGUCAUUUUUCUUACAUUCUGGCAGCAAAUCCUCUUUGGUGUGUUGACACAUUACAAUGUGCUCAAACAGACUGAUUAUUGGACAGCGGCCAACAUAUCUGGAGGGUUGCAGGACUUUCUUGUAUGCAUAGAAAUGUUGUUAGCCGCCAUAGCGCACUACUGGACAUUUGGAACUCGCGAGUAUCGCAAAGAAGGACCAAACCGCUUCACAAACCCUCUCUUUGCGCUCUUUCAUGCCUUUAACCCGUGGGACAUUUUCUACAACAUCUUCCUCAUCGUGGAAUCUCUCUUCCAUUCCUGUGCUCCUCAUAAAAAGAGCAGAGCAGUGCAUUCGUCGGAUGUAGAGAUGGCACAUGCAAGUCAACAACAGCCGCUAACCAUGCAACAACAGCAGCCAACAACAACAACGAAGGGAAUGGCAACUGAGAAUGGCAAUGGUGUAUAUCGGAAUGGCACACCGAGUAGCCCAACUACAAGCUCCAGGAGCAGAGGAAGUCCCCCUGUGGUGAGAAGGGAGGAAGCAGGACCUCCUACGCCUACUAAAGAUAGAUAG